AUGGCCGACAAUGACGAAGACGCCGAGAUCACCCCAGCCAGCUCCUCUCCUCACGCCCGCUCAAGCUCCGAGGCUGUCCCCGACAAUGAAAGAGCCGUGCUCGAGUACAUCCGACCUGAGGAUAGGGAGGAACUGACUCGCAUCGCCUCCAAUUUCCCCCGGCGCCGCACUGUGGACUCUGGAGUUGGGGACAUGGGCAACAUUGAAAGGAAAGAUACCUUGGAAGAUGUCGAGCUCGGCGAUCCCGUCCUCGAUCCUACGAGUGACCAAUUCGACCAUUACAAGUGGGCAAGAAUGAUGCUGAAGAUGAUGGAUAAAGAAGGAGUGCCAUUGCGCAAGUCGACAGGCGUCGUCUGGGAGAAUCUGAACAUUGCUGGCUCUGGCUCUGCCCUUCAGUACCAGAACAACGUUGGAUCAGUUCCCCUGGCCCCGUUCCGGCUGCAGGAGUACAUAUCCUUUGGGAAAGGUCAUUCGCAAAAACAGAUUCUCCGCAACUUCGACGGGCUGUUGAAGAGCGGCGAGCUACUGAUUGUCCUGGGAAGGCCUGGUAGUGGGUGCUCGACCUUCCUCAAGUCUCUGUCUGGAGAACUUCAUGGGCUUAAAGUGAACAAGGGCUCGGAUAUUCAGUACAAUGGUAUUCCCAUGGAAAGAAUGCAUCGCGAAUUCAAAGGCGAGGUCCUCUAUAACCAGGAGGUCGACAAGCAUUUCCCACACCUCACAGUGGGUGAAACGCUGGAGUUUGCAGCUGCAGCACGUACACCCGAGAAUCGGCUCAAUGGAGUCAGUCGGGCCAGAUUCGCAAAGCAUAUAACGCAGGUUUCUAUGGCUGUUUUUGGUCUUAGUCACACAUACAAUACCAAGGUUGGCGACGAUUACAUCAGAGGAGUUUCUGGAGGUGAGCGGAAGCGAGUCAGUAUUGCGGAGAUGGCAUUGUCGGGAGCACCUGUCGGAGCUUGGGAUAAUAGUACUCGCGGUUUAGAUUCUGCUAGUGCCUUGGAAUUCGCCAAGGCACUACGAAUUUCAGCAAAUCUGACAGGCUCUUGCCAUGCAGUUGCGAUCUACCAAGCCUCCCAAGCAAUCUACGAUGUCUUUGACAAGGUAAUCGUGCUGUACGAAGGAAGAGAAAUCUUCUUCGGACCAUGCGGUGCGGCCAGAGACUACUUCAUCGAUAUGGGAUGGGAAUGUCCUCUUCGUCAAACGACUGGCGAUUUCCUAACUUCAGUGACUAAUGUGCAAGAACGGAAAGCUCGCGAGGGUAUGGAAAACAAAGUCCCGCGCACCCCGGACGAAUUUGAAGCGUAUUGGAAGAAGAGUUCCCAAUGUGGUACACUUGAGAAGGAUAUUGCACAGUAUCGCAAAGAGUAUCCGCUUGGUGGAUCUGCUGGGCAAGACUUUGAUGAGACCAAGCGUUUGCGCCAGGCAAAGCAUGUUCGGCCGAAGAGUCCAUAUGUCAUUUCCAUUCCCAUGCAGGUUCGACUUUGUGUAAAGAGAGCUUAUCAACGCAUCUGGAACGACAAGCCUUCUACCCUGACAACCGUCAUUGGGCGAAUUGUUAUGUCCUUGAUCAUCGGUUCGAUCUAUUUUAAAACGCCGAAUGCAACUGCAGGUUUCCAGAGCAAAGGCGCCGCUCUGUUCUUCUCGGUCUUGAUGAAUGCUCUUAUCAGUAUCACUGAAAUCAAUUCGCUCUACGAUCAACGACCUGUAAUUGAGAAGCAAGCCUCUUAUGCUUUUGUGCACCCCUUUGCAGAAGCCUUGGGAGGUAUCGUCGCCGAUAUACCGGUCAAAUUUGUCGCAGCGGUGGUGUUCAACAUCAUCUUCUACUUCCUGGCCAGCUUGCGAUAUAAACCGUCUCAAUUCUUCAUCUUCUUCCUCUUCACCUUCCUCAGUACGCUUGCAAUGUCAUGUGUCUUCCGAACUCUGGCAGCAUCAACCAAGACCCUAGCGCAGGCCAUGUCCAUGGCCGGAGUCAUCGUGCUAGCUAUCGUCAUCUACACAGGCUUUGUCAUUACGACCCCUGAGCUGAGCAACAUCCCUUGGUUCAGCUGGAUCCGUUGGAUCAACCCAAUCUUUUACACCUUCGAGGCUCUGGUCGCAAACGAGUUCCACGGACGGCAGUUUGAGUGCUCACAGUUCAUUCCUGGUUAUCCAAAUCUAUCCGGCGACUCCUUCAUAUGUGCUGCCCGAGGCGCUGUUGCGGGAGAAAGGACCGUUUCUGGAGAUGCUUUUAUAGAAGCCCAGUACCAGUACACCUAUGCGCAUAUCUGGAGAAACCUUGGUGUCCUUAUCGGAUUCUGGAUCUUCUUCAUGGUAUUGUACUUGGUUGCUUCUGAGCUCAACUCUGCUACCUCUUCUACUGCCGAAUUCCUUGUUUUCCGAAGGGGCCAUGUGCCUGCACAUCUUCGACAUCUUGAGAAAGGUGGAAAGUCAGGUAGUGCAGCUGAGGUUACUCCGGUCACGAAGGAUUCCUCAAAGGAAGGAGACACAUCAGCUAUUCCAUCACAGCAUGAUAUCUUUACUUGGCGAAACGUGUGUUAUGAUAUCCCUGUCAAGGGUGGCCAACGACGGCUAUUGGAUCAUGUCUCUGGUUGGGUUAAACCUGGAACUCUUACAGCUUUGAUGGGUGUUUCUGGUGCUGGAAAGACUACUCUACUCGAUGUCCUGGCCAAGCGUGUGUCAAUUGGAGUUGUCACUGGUGAUAUGCUCGUCAACGGCAAGCCACUAGACACUAGUUUCCAGAGAAAGACUGGUUAUGUCCAACAGCAGGAUCUUCACCUCCCAACCACGACUGUUCGGGAAGCGCUGCGGUUUAGUGCUACGCUACGUCAGCCGAAGUCUGUGUCAAUGAAGGAGAAGUAUGAGUAUGUGGAAGAUGUCAUUGACAUGCUCGGAAUGCAUGAUUUUGCAGAUGCCAUUGUGGGUAUUCCAGGAGAGGGUUUGAAUGUUGAGCAGCGCAAAUUAUUGACCAUUGGAGUUGAGCUUGCUGCCAAACCUGCACUUCUUAUCUUCCUCGACGAGCCGACGAGUGGACUGGAUUCUCAAAGCUCGUGGGCUAUUUGUGCGUUCCUACGAAAACUCGCCGAGCAUGGCCAGGCUGUUCUUUCAACAAUUCAUCAGCCUUCCGCGUUACUCUUUCAGCAAUUCGAUCGUCUACUCUUCUUGGCUAAGGGAGGAAAGACUGUCUACUUUGGGGAAAUUGGUGACCAAUCUCGAACUCUAUUGGAAUACUUUGAAAGCAACGGAGCAAGAGUUUGUGGCUCCUCGGAAAAUCCUGCGGAGUACAUGCUUGAAAUCAUCGGCGCUGGAGCUUCUGGUAAAUCCACGAAGGACUGGUCUGUUGUGUGGAACGAGAGCCAACAGGCCAAGGCUGUGCAAGCAGAGAUUGAUCGCAUCCAAGAUGAGAGAGCGUCGGCCACGUCGAGUGAGGAUGAGUCCCAGCAUGGUGAAUAUGCCAUGCCAUUCUUAUCACAAUUGUGGUGUGUCACAUAUCGAUCGUUCCAGGGAUUCUGGCGCGAGCCGAGUUAUGUGUGGGCCAAAAUAAUGCUUGCCACAUUGUCCUCUCUUUUCAUUGGCUUUACAUUCUUCAAGCCAGAUGCUUCGCUUCAGGGGUUCCAGGAUGCUAUUUUCAGCGCAUUCAUGCUGACUUCAAUCUUCUCGACACUGGUCCAACAAAUCAUGCCCAAAUUUGUCGUACAGCGAUCUCUAUAUGAAGUUCGCGAGCGUCCAUCCAAGGCUUACUCGUGGGCUGCAUUCCUUAUUUCCAACGUCAUCGUUGAGAUCCCGUAUCAGGUCUUCGUUGCUAUAAUUGCAUGGGCUUGCUACUACUUCCCAGUGUAUGGGGCGGAACAGGCUCCACAGAGACAGGGUUUGAUGCUUCUGUUUGUCGUUCAGUUCUACAUGUUCAUGUCCACAUUCGCGGCUUUCAUCAUCGCCGCUCUUCCUGAUGCUGAGACUGGUGGCACUAUCGCAACUCUGCUGUUCAUCAUGACCCUCACCUUUAACGGAGUCUUGCAGCCACCGAGCGCUUUGCCUGGAUUCUGGAUCUUCAUGUACAGGGUUUCCCCUCUUACUUACUUGAUCGCCGGUAUCACAGCGACAGGCUUGCAUGCUAGGAAGAUCGUAUGUUCUGCCGCUGAGCUGAGCGUGUUCAAUCCUCCAGCUGGCCUGACAUGCGGUGCAUAUCUGAAUCAGUAUGUCACUGCCUCCGGUGGGCAACUGUACAAUCCUACAGCAACAAGCAGCUGUCAGUACUGUCAACUCAGUAACGCAGAUCAAUAUCUUGCACUGAGCAAUAUCUACUACAGCCAACGCUGGCGCAAUUUUGGAAUCGGUUGGGCUUAUGUCGGCUUCAAUAUAUUUGGCACCGUGCUCAUGUACUACAUGUUCCGUGUCAAGCAUUACAAUCCCACUUCGUUGGUUAGAGGGAUUCGUAACGGUGCUUCGUUCUUCUGUCGUGUGCUCAAGCGGCGCUCUGGUACCACACCCAUGGGUAAAGAGGCAGAUAAUGGCAGGUUGGUUUAA